AUGACCAUUCUGGCUCUACUGCUCCUCCUGCUCACGCUGCUUUGCUGUGUGUACCUCUGCGCACGAUGCCGUUGCUUCGGUGCAAGAGGCAUCAGCGAAGGCAGUGCAAGCGGCCGAGAAAUACUCGGUUCCGACUACUAUACCAUUCCUCGUGCUAAACUGAAGCCAGGCGCCCAUGCGACGGUGUUGCACGGUCCGUUUGAGACGGACACCGAGCAGUACGCGGUGACAUCGGCAGACCACUUCCGUCAGGCGUCAUCGGCCAGCGCAGCUGCUGGAGCCACAGCGGCGUCUCUUCAUGGCAGCUCCGGCCUUAUCCCUUCUGGAGUUCAAGGAGCUUCGAUGGGUGGACACAUGAGGACAGAAGGAGCGUACGAUUCGGAGUCUGACGCGGAUUCCGAUGCCGGUCGUGCCACGUACGAUCGAGUGGACGCGAGUCGCCCAAUCGCACGAUUUCCUACCCGGCGCUGA